CACACAACCAGACUCGAGCACUCCAGGACAAGCGGAGGAAUAAGAAAGAACAAGUAGGGGAUAAGGAAGAGAACGGGACAAGAAGAAAAAGAGAGAGACACUCACGCCUCUGACUGCCCCUUUUUUCCUCCUCCACCGCUGCUCUCUUUCCCUUUUCUUUCUCACUCCUUCUCUGAGUCUCACACACACACCCUCUCUCUCAUUCUCACCGAACUUUUUUUUUUUUACUGUCUAGCUCUUUUUAAAUCAUUUUCAGAGAGAGGAGAGACGCAUUUGGAGAGUGUCUGAAAUGCAGGAGCUCCACAGAUGCCUAAGCCCCACACAGAGAUAGGAGACUCAGCUUGCUUGGAAACUACAAAAGAAGAGAGACAUCAGGAGGACUGCGACUAACUUAUAUAUCUCAUAACCACUAUUGGAUGCUGGUGUUUGCGGCGCUAUCAUGGUGACACUAAGACUUGCAUUGACUUUGAGGUUAACUGUCCUGCUCCUGUACUGGUCAGGCUGUACCUGUUGGCCAAGCCAUGCUCAGCAAUUCUCCCUACAGUCUUUACGUCAGACAUCUCAAGCCCGGCAAAACCUCUCUGAGAGCGCAGAGAGCAAAGUAGAACGACUCGGACAGGUUUUCCGCAAGAACGUACGACUUCUUCGGGAGCGGGGAGGUUGUCUGGAUCUGGUCUUCCUUGUUGACGAGUCUUCCAGCGUAGGAGCUUCCAACUUUAAGAGCGAGCUUCGAUUCGUCAGGAAGAUGCUGUCAGAUUUUCCGGUGGCUCCUGAGGCAACACGUGUAGCCCUGGUGACCUUUAGCUCCAAGAGCCAUGUGGUUACAAGAGCGGACUACGUGUCUGCACCCAAAGCCCACCAGCACAAGUGCUCGCUCUUCAGCAAAGAGAUCCCCUCCAUCACCUACAGAGGAGGUGGCACCUACACCAGGGGGGCUUUCCAGCGAGCAGCGCAAAUCCUGAGGCAGUCACGGGAGAAUGCCACGAAAGUGAUCUUCCUCAUCACUGACGGAUACUCAAAUGGCGGAGACCCGCGGCCAGUGGCGGCCGCAUUGAGGGAAAGAGGAGUUGAGAUUUUCACCCUGGGCAUCUGGCAAGGAAACAUCCGCGAGCUGCACGAAAUGGCCUCACAGCCCAAAGACCAGCACUGCUUCUUUGUGCACAACUUCGCCGAGUUUGAAGCGCUGGCUCGACGUGCCCUUCAUGAAGAUCUUCCAACUGGAAAUUAUAUUCAGGAGGAUCUGGCUCAGUGUUCAUCAUUGUGUGAUGCGGGAAAGGACUGUUGUGACCUGAUGGCCAGCUGUAAAUGUGGCACACACACAGGACAGUACGACUGUGUGUGUGAGAAAGGAUACUACGGAAAAGGACUUCAACAUGAGUGCACAGCUUGUCCAUCUGCCACGUAUAAACCUGAAGCAGUUUCUGGAGGUGCGAGUACCUGCCUGCCCUGCCCGGACCCUCAUCACACAUCCAGACCCGGGAGUACAGAUUUAUCAGACUGUGUGUGUGUGGAAGGCUACAGACCACACAACAACACAUGCCAAGUGGUGGUCUGUCCGGUUCUCUCCCCACCAGAAAAUGGCUUCUUCAUCCAGAAUGUGUGCAAUAAUCAGUUUAACUCUGCAUGUGGGGUGCGCUGUCUCACAGGAUUUGACCUGCAGGGAGACGGGAUCAGACUCUGCCAGCCGGACGGGACCUGGUCAGGAGUUCAACCAAGCUGCAGAAUUCGCUCUUGCCCAGAUCUGUCUCCUCCACAUCACGGGGUGCUGAACUGCAGUGAGCGCAGCGCCCCCUAUAGGCUGGAGUGUUUGGUACGCUGUGAACAGGGCUACAGGCUGCAAGGCAGAGCCAGACUAACCUGUCUGGCCAACUCGCAGUGGAGCGGACCACAACCCCGCUGUGUCGAGGUCCGGUGUCCACCGAUUGUUACAUUGAAGCACAUUCAUCUGACGCCCUCUACCUGCGGUGAGAAUGAGGUCAGGACAGGAGCGGUGUGUCAGUUAACCUGUCCUUAUGGUUACAGCCUCAUUGGUGACUCUAAAGUCAAAUGUCUUCCUACUGGAAACUGGAGUGACAGUCUACAUAAAGCAACUUGCACAGAUGUAGAGCCUCCAUGGAUUCAGUGCCCUGGUGAUGUCAUCACGGAGACGGAUGAGCAUCAGAGGUCAGCUAACGUCAGUUUGAGUGCGCCCAUGCUCAGGGACAAUUCUGGAGAUGAGGUCGUGGUGCAGGUGACCCCCGUUCUAAACCCCAUGCAGACUUUCCCUAUAGGAACUGAAUUCAUAACUUACACAGCAACUGAUCGCACAGGAAACAAGGCCAACUGCUCCUUCACUGUUACUGUCGUCGAUACGGAGCCGCCUUUGAUUGACAGGUGUCGGUCUCCACCCACUGUUAAAGCCACUGGGAGAAAGACUGCAGUACACUGGGAAGAACCUCAGUUUUCAGACAACUCAGGGGCCCAGUUGAAUAUUUCCAGUACCCACUCAUCUGGUGAUAUAUUUCCUGUUGGAGAAACGUCAGUUUACUACACGGCCACUGACCCUUCUGGAAACAACCGUACCUGUGAGCUCAUCAUUACUGUACGAGGUUCAACCUGCGAGAAGCCAUUCGUGCCAGUGAAUGGGGAUUUCUCAUGCGCCAAGACAAAGGAAGGGAUGAACUGUACUCUGAUAUGCAGACAGGGUUACAGCCUUGCCCAGGAUGCCGUGCACAGCUACUUUUGCGCCAAUAAUGGAAUCUGGGAGCCGCCCCGCUCAGCAGACAGACCUGAUUGCUCCCUGAAUAGAAUUGCAAACAACGGAUUCAAGCCCUUUGAGAUGCUGUUUAAAGCCUCCCGCUGUGAUGAUCUAAACUUGGUCAGGUCUUUCAGCGGGGAGUUUUCUAAUGUUCUUAAAAAUACGGUCCCUAACAUCUGCGGGGGAGAUGAUGUCUCUUGCAAACUGGAAAUGGCUUUACCUGCACAGUGCCUGGAGUAUAAUUAUGAUUAUCCCAAUGGAUUUGCUAUAGGUCCUGGAGGAUGGGGCAGUAAUUGGGGCUCUCAGAAUGGAGAGGAUUAUGCAUAUUUUGACAGCGGUUUUGCUCCAGAGCACCAACUACAGCAAGAUGCUUCAUCACAGCAUGGCUCUCACAUGAGGACCAAACGCCAUCGGAAAGUCACUGGCCCUACCAGAGAGCAGAAGAUACAAAUCCAUUUUAACAUCACAGCAAGCAUCCCGCUGCCCUUGUCGAGGAACGACUCGGCGGAAAUAGUCAAUCAGAAGCGUCUACUGAGGGCGCUCGAGCAGCUGACCAAUCGGCUUAAGCGGACUCUGGCUAAGCAACCAUUCAGUACCUUCCAUGUGUCAUCAGAGAUGAUCGUGGCAGACCCCAAAUCCCUGGAGAGCAAAAAGGCUACGCUCUACUGCCGUCCAGGGUCUGUUCUCAAAGGCAGGGUGUGUGUGCAGUGCCCAGUAGGGACGUAUUUCUCCCUGGAGUAUGCGGAGUGUGAAAGCUGCUGGAGAGGCUCAUAUCAGAAUGAGGAGGGGCAGAUGGAGUGUAAGUCAUGCCCAGACGGGUCCUCCACACCGUACCUCCAUUCACGCAGCCAGGCAGAGUGUAAAGCGCAGUGCCAGCCUGGCAGCUCAUCAUUAACAGGGUUGGAGACCUGCGAGUCCUGCCCUUUAGGGGAAUACCAGCCUGGUUUUGGCUCUCAGGACUGUCUGUCUUGCCCUUCCACUACGACCACUGUCAAUAGAGGCGCUCUGGAUGUCAACGAGUGUGGUGUACCGUGUUCUGCAGGUCAUUUCUCUCGUACGGGUCUGGUUCCUUGUUACCCAUGUCCAAGAGAUUAUUACCAGCCCGAGGAGGGUCGCUCUUACUGCCUUUCUUGCCCUUUUUAUGGUACCACAACGAUAACUGGAGCCCGAGCCAUCCAGCAGUGCUCCAGCUUUGGCUCAAGUUUCUUGCCUAAAGAGGAAAGUGCGACAACAGCGCCAGAAGUCAUUGUGAGAAAAGAUUAUCAAGCCAGUAGUCAGAUGUUCCAUGAAUGCCUCUUGAAUCCGUGCCAAAACCAAGGCACUUGUGAGGAAGUUGGGGUCGGAUAUGUGUGCACCUGCCUUCCAGGAUUCACAGGAGCCAAGUGUGAAAGUGACAUUGAUGAAUGCGAUUCUGCUCCUUGUCAAAAUGGCGGCUUGUGCAGAGAUGGCAUGGGAGAUUUUCAGUGUCAGUGUCAACCUGGAUUUGUAGGCUUGCUGUGUGAGGCAGAGGUGAACGAGUGCAGCUCUUCUCCAUGUCUGAAUGAAGGAAUCUGUGUGGAUGAAGUGAAUUAUUUUUCGUGUAGCUGUCCAGAUGGAUUCACAGGUCCACGCUGUGAGUUGGAAAUAAAUGAGUGUGCUUCCAGCCCAUGCCAAAACGGAGGUGUUUGUAAAGAUUUGGAGGGUGGGUAUUUCUGCACAUGUGCUCAGGGCUUCACUGGCGACAACUGUGAGGCUGACAUUAAUGAGUGCUACAGUGCCCCCUGUCUGAAUGGAGGAACAUGUGUAGACGCUAUCAAUGAUUUCAGGUGCGAGUGUGUGAAUGGAUACAGAGGGAGACUGUGCCAGGUGGACGUAGAUGAUUGCGAAUUGAAUUUGUGUUUGAAUGGCGCGACCUGUGUCGAUGGAGUGGCCACUUUCAUCUGCCGAUGCCCUCCUGGGUUCAACGGAACCAGGUGUGAGACAGAAAUGCCUUACUCCUUUGAUCUGGAGUUUGAAGUUUCUGGUAUCCACGGUUACGUGAUGAUGGAUGGCCACAUGCCAUCUUUAACUCAGAUCACAUGUACAUUCUGGAUGAGGUCGUCAGACACUGUUAAUUAUGGAACUCCUGUCUCUUAUGCUGUGGAGGGAAGUGACAAUGCCUUCCUCCUCAUUGACUAUAAUGGGUGGGUCUUGUAUGUUAAUGGAAAGGAGCGGAUCACAGACUGCCCAGCAGUAAAUGAUGGCCUCUGGCACCACGUUGGUGUAACAUGGCGCAGCAAGGAUGGCGAUUGGAGAGUUUACAUUGAUGGGAGUCCCUCAGAUGGAGGGAAAGGAUUGUCCAUUGGCACUACAAUACCAGGAGGGGGCGCUCUGGUUCUUGGGCAGGAUCAAGAUCAGAGAGGAGAUGGCUUCAACCCAGUGGAGUCUUUUGUGGGCACUCUUAGUCAGCUUAAUAUAUGGAACUAUGUUUUAACACCACAGCAGAUCAGGUCUCUGGCCAGCAGCUGUCCACAUGAUCUGCAGAAAGGGAACGUGUUUGCCUGGCCUGACUUCUUAGGAGGGGUCACAGGCAGAGUGAAGACCACCAGCAAGAGCAUUUUCUGUGCUGACUGCCCCCUGGUGGAGACUUCUGUUCCUCAUCUGUUCUCAUCCAGUAAAGCUGUGAGUCCAGGCUCUAAGGUGCAGUUCUCUUGUAGUCCCGGCUUCUAUCUAGUGGGGGAGCCAGUGCAGCUAUGCUUAAACAGAGGCCAGUGGAGCCACGCAGAGCCAAUAUGCGAACGUGUGGAAUGUGGUCCUCCAUCUGACCUGGAGCAUGGACAAUAUCAUGGAGAGGAUUUCUAUGCUGGGAGCUCAGUGCUUUAUCAAUGCAAACCAGGUUUCUACUUGCUCGGGGAGAGUAAGAUGCAGUGUACUAAUAAUGGUAAAUGGAUUGGCAACCCACCUGCCUGUCUGGAUGUGGAUGAAUGUUCUUUGGGCUCUGAAUGUGAUGAACAUGCUAGCUGCCAGAACACUGAUGGUUCACAUAUAUGCACCUGCAUAGCUCCUUACAGUGGGGAUGGAAGAAACUGCACAGAGCCGGUAAAAUGUAAAGAUCCAGGUGUUCCUGAAUUUGGGCAACGAGAGGGCACUAAUUUUAUCAUGGGAAGUGAGAUAGUCUUUUCCUGUAAGGAAGGCUAUGAGUUGAUUGGCUCAUCCCAACUUUCCUGCACAGAGGAGGGUUUUUGGAAGCAGGAUGUUCCAUAUUGCAAAGCGCUUUCCUGUCCUCAUCCUACUCUUCCAGAAUAUGGAAUCCUUAAAGGGGCAAACUUCACAUACGGAAGCAAGGUGACUUUCAGUUGUGAGAAGGGAUAUGUUCCUCUGGAGCCAAUAGAAAGCCAGUGUCAAUCUGAUUUGAAAUGGAGCAAAGAACCUCAUAUUUGUCAGCCUAUAACCUGUGGUGAGCCUCCAGUGGUGGACUAUGCAGAGUAUACACUCAAUGGGAAAAUCUACCUCUCCACACUCUCCUACACCUGCAUGGAGGGAUACAGAUUGCAGGGUGCUAUGGAACUGCAGUGUGAGUCAUCAGGAGAGUGGACCCCUCCUCCCCCCAUGUGUGCCAGAGUGGACUGUGGCAAACCUCCUCCUUUGAAAGAUGCUGUGAUUAAGGGUGACAAUUUUACUCUGGGUAGCAAGAUCUACUAUAUUUGCAAAGACGGUUACACCCUGCUUGGUGAAGAAACUCAAGAAUGCCUCCCAAGUGGCAGCUGGACUCGUAAUUCUUCUCAGUGUGUGCCUCGGUCCUGUGGGCCACCUCCCCAGGUUGAUCAUGCCCUUCCUGACACUGGACACCAGCUUUUUGGGGACAUCGCUAUCUACUUCUGUGAUGAUGGGUACACUGCUGGUAACAAUACAAAACUGUUUUGCAAUGCUCAAGGUGUUUGGGCACCCCCAGAUGGCUUUGGAAUACCUCACUGCAUUGCCAACUUCUGUCAGCGUCCCCCUGAUUUACCUCACGCCAUUCUGGAUUCUAUCAAUAAACCGAAAUAUGCAAGCAACACAGAGGUCAACUACAAGUGUGAGGAGGGCUUUGUUCUCAACACAACAGGAACCCUAAAGUGCUUGAUAGGGGGAGCGUGGACACCUUCGCCUUUGGACAUUGGCUGUAUGCCUGUCAGAUGCUCAAAGCCACACAGUAUUGAAAAGGGUUAUGUAAGCGGAAACAACUAUGGUUUUGGAGCAGUGAUUGCAUACAGCUGUGAUAAGGGAUAUUUUAUCCGAGGAGAAAAGAAGAGAAUUUGUAAAGCCAGCGGUGAGUGGGGAGGUGUGUUGCCAACAUGCCAGCCUAUUUCCUGUCCCAGCCCACCUCGCUUGGCAAAUGGUUUUAUACAGGGCCAAAUAAGAAAGAACAGCUAUGUAUACAACAGUAGAGUAACCUAUGGUUGUAAUGAUGGUUAUCGUCUAACUGGGAAGCCUGAGCGUACAUGCAUGGCCAAUAAGCAGUGGUCAAACAGCAAUUCUCUUGUAUGUGUUCUUCUUACAUGCCCAACCCCACCUGAUAUCAAAAAUGGCCUUUAUCAUGGCUCCACCUUUGAAGUCGGCAGUAAGGUAGAAUUUGUCUGCAACGAAGGAUAUGAACUCAUUGGAGAUGCUGUAUGGACUUGUCUGAAAUUUGGAAAUUGGGACAAAAGCAUAAUCCCACGUUGCUCCCCAGUACAAUGCCCUGAACCACCUUUAGAGCAAAAUCACCUUGUACUGCGUGGAUUAGAUUCUGACUCAGGAACUGUGGAGCUUUCUUGUGAGGAAGGGUAUGUUCUUCAUGGCGCAAGAACUCUUCGGUGUACUCCUUCCCAAGAGUGGAAUGACUCAUUUCCAGUUUGCAAACAAGUGUUUUGUGGACCUCCCCCUGAGGUUGCCUUUGGUGACCCAUCAGACACACAAUCCUACUUUGGUAGUGUGGUGACCUACUCUUGCAUGGAUGGCUUCACACUCCGCAAAGAAGGUUCUGUCCACUGCCAGGCAAAUGGGAACUGGAGUAAGCCCUAUCCCCAGUGCAUUCCUGUUGAAUGCCCACACCCUGAGGACAUACCAAAUGGAAUUGUGGAUGUUCAAGGAUUAAUGUAUCUUAGUACUGCCGUCUACAGCUGUAAAGCUGGAUAUGACAUAUUAGGUAACAGCACUGUGCUUUGUGGUCAGAGUGGAGAAUGGCUAGGAGCUAUACCAGUAUGUCACCCUGUUAAGUGUGCUGCACCCAAGGAGAUUCCCAAUGGCUCUGUUAGGUACUCCAAGCUUCAAUUUAGCCAGUCAAUUACAUAUUCCUGCCAAAGAGGGUACCGCAUACAGGGCCCAGAAACUCUCACGUGUCUUGAGAAUGGACAGUGGGACCAGGAGGCACCUACUUGUGUGCAGAUCUACUGUUCUUCUCCCAAACCAAUUGACAAUGGAUUUGUAGAAGGACGAGAUAGGAAAUUUGGGGUUACUAUCUUCUAUAGCUGUUUCCCAGGUUUCCUGCUAGUUGGAAAUAAUCAUCUCACUUGUGAAGAUCAUGGCUGGUCAAGCUCUGAGCCCAAAUGUGUUCUUGCUGACUGCGGCCUGCCUCCUCAUAUUGAUUUUGGGGACUACUCAAAGGUUCAAGAACCAUCAGCAGAAUACGACAUGCUUACAAGUCAACAGUUACCAGUAGACAACAGCUUUUUGCAUGGUUCCCUGGUUAAAUAUCAUUGUCAUUCUGGAUAUGAAAUAAUUGGUGCCAUCAUGUUGAUGUGCCAGGAAGAUGGCACGUGGAAUGGAACCGCUCCCAUGUGCACUCCAGCACAAUGUGAGGCUCCACCAAGCCCCGAAAAUGGAUCAGUUAUGGUAACCGAUAGCGCACUUGGCAGCCUUGCAGAGUACAGUUGUAACGAGGGUUAUGAACUCAACGGACAAACCAUCAGACAGUGCAUUUCUGGGCAGCAGUGGAGUGAUGACGCUCCUCGCUGUUUGCCCAUCUCAUGUGGUAAUCCUGGAGGCAUUGCGAAUGGUGAGGUGAUUGGAAAGUCUUUUCACUUCAAGGAGCUUAUCCACUAUGAGUGCCAUAGUGGGUUUGUCCUCGAGGGUGUUGAAACUAGAACUUGCCAGGUUGAUGGGAAAUGGGACAACAAAGCUCCAUUGUGUAAAGAAGUCUCUUGUGGGCGGCCUGUCGUAUCAAAGGAUGUUUUAGUAAGAGGAGAUGAUCAUACAUUUGGUAAGAGGUUGCUGUUCAGCUGCAAUCUCGGGUUUAUCCUACUAGGAGCACCAACCAUUGUUUGUUUGGCCAAUGGCAGUUGGAGUGAGGUUCCUCCCAAGUGCCUUCCAGCCAACUGUGGUCAACCACCGUCAAUUGAGAAUGGCAGAGUAACAGGCACGGAUUAUGGUUACAAUGGUAUGGUUAGGUAUGCUUGUGACAUUGGGUACGUCUUAACUGGAAAUCCUACUCUAAUAUGCAGAGCUGAUGGACUAUGGGACGACCCUCCUCCACGGUGCGACAUAAUCACAUGUGACCCACCUGAGGAUAUUAGCCAUGGUUACCUUAAUGGAUCAAGCUUUAAUUUUGAUGAUAUUGUGGAGUAUAUUUGCUUCCCAGGAUAUGAGAUUGUUGGCAGCCCAGUUUUGCGAUGUGCUGCUGAGGGUGUCUGGCUGGGGCAAGUUCCAGAAUGCCGACCGUGUGUUUGCAGUCCCCCAGUUUUCAAGUACGGCUCUAUUCUCGGUCGAGACCACACCUGUGGAGCAAGCAUUUGGUUUCGAUGUGAUGAUGGCUACAAAAUUCUUGGCUCUUCAGAGGCCAUAUGCGACAAGGGUGGAGUGUGGAGUCCAGGAGUACCCAUCUGCACCCGAGGGAGAUGUUCCAUCCCUCCCCCAGCUGUGCCUAAUGCUGUCAUUCAAGGAAGCACUGCCUACACCAUUGACACGGUCACCUACCGAUGUAGGCCAGGAUAUAACUUGAAAGGUUUCCCCCAUAUUUCCUGUGGCAGGUUGGGAAGGUGGGGUGAGCCCAACCUGAGCUGUGAACCCAUUUCUUGUGGAGUACCUCCUCUAAUCUCAAAUGCAGAGACUAUGGGAGCAGUCUUAACGUAUGGCAGCAAAGCUCAAUAUAGGUGUAAAGAAGGCUUUGAGUUGGCAACCAAGACAGACUCAAUUACCUGUCAAAGUGAUGGCACCUGGUCCAAACAUGGCGUCAGAUGUCGGCCUUCACCCUGCAGUCUACCUGCUAACCUCACCCAUGUAGUCAUCACAGGCAAGCAGCUCACACCUGUAGGUGGCACAGUCAUGGUCUCCUGUAGGCCAGGAUUCUAUCUUGAGGGACCUGGAUUAUCUGAAUGCACUGUCUCUGGCAAAUGGUCUCCCCCUGUUGUGUCUUGCUUGCCUGUUAUUUGUGAGAAGCCUUUCCCUAUUCUCAAUGGCUUGGUUGAGGGCAUAAGCUACAACUAUGGAGAUGUUGUAAACUAUAGUUGUCAUCAAGGAUUUUUGCUACAGGGUCAUUCUGUUCGCACAUGUCAAGGCGAUAAAACCUGGAGUGGAACUCCGCCAGUGUGUGCUGCUGUAUCAUGUGGUCCUCCACCAGUGGUUCCUAAUGCAGUUGCUUCCUCCAGCAGUCAGACAUACCAAAGUAUUGUGAGUUACACGUGUCGUCAGGGGGCAAGUUUGGUUGGUUCACAGAACCUCACUUGUCAAGCCAACGGAUCUUGGAGCUUACCAACACCAGUAUGUGAAGCUCCAGGUGGAUGUGAGAAGAUGACAGAUUUAUUGAAUGGAAAAGUGCAAGAACACAACCUGUCCAGUGGACGUGCUCUUGAAUUUCACUGUAAUAAAGGCUACACACUGCAGGGAGAGGCUCUCGUCAUGUGUGUAGGAAACGGCUCCUGGAGUUCACCCUUCCCCAUCUGUUUACCCAGAUCAUGCCCUCCUCUUCCUCAUGGCUGGACUGUAGGCAGUGCCAAUGCUACUCAGACGGUUUUCCUGGUAGGCCAGUCAGUACAAGUCAGUUGCCCUAAAGGUCAGCGAGUCAAAGGUAACCAGGGAAAAGGUAUCGCCACCUUAACUUGCAGGAGUGAUCAGACCUGGACCCCCAUCAGUGCAGUGUGUGAGAGGGUGUCCUGCGGCCCACCAUUGUACGUGUCAAACGGGGUAGUCCGUGGGGCAGUGUUCCAGUUUGGAGACAUGGUGUUGUACUCAUGUUACGCAGGCUUCACCAUGGAGGGUUCUAGCAGGAGUCUGUGCUUGGAGAAUGGCACUUGGACCCAACCUCCUACCUGCAAAGCUGUAUGUUGGCGCCAUUGUCAGAAUGGAGGUGUGUGCCAAAGACCAAACACUUGCUCCUGUCCAGAAGGAUGGAUGGGACAAUUUUGCGAGGAGCCGAUCUGCAUCCUACCAUGUCUCAAUGGAGGACGCUGUGUAGCUCCAUACCAGUGUGAAUGCCCAGCAGGAUGGACGGGCACACGCUGCCACAAUGCGGUGUGUUCCAUGCCUUGUUUGAAUGGGGGCAGGUGUAUCCGACCCAACCGGUGUCACUGCAGUCCAGGAUGGGGAGGAUACGACUGCUCUAGAAAAAGAAAAUCUGCAUAUUUUCAUUUUUAACGUGCCACGCUACAGGAGUUUUGGAACAAGAUGGUUUAAUGUCGGAUUAUUGUACACAACACAUUGUUUUCUUUCCCUCAGAAAGUCCUAAGUGGUUUUGUAAAUUAAAGCUGUAUUUUUUCAUGUAGAAAAAGAAACAGUAUUAAAUAUAUGCUGCUGCUAUAUACAUGAACUUGUACGAUGUGUAAAAAUGUUGAUUGUGAUUGUCCAUUGUACAUGUAUAUAAACUAUUCUUCUCAUGUUUUUAUUAAAAUUGAAAAUACAACUAUAUAAAAAAUGUAAUUCUCAUUCCCACAAUUAAUGAUGAAGAAUUCUUAAUUAAACUUUCAGUUUGUUUUACUUAA